AUGGCGUCGGCUAUCUUCUUCUUGGACCUGAAGGGCAAGACCCUUCUGGCCCGCAACUAUCGCGGUGACAUUCCCAUGUCCGCGGUCGAGAAAUUCCCUAUCCUACUCAGUGAAGCCGAAGAAGAGAGCUCGGCUGUUCCUCCAUGCUUCUCUGAUGAAGGCAUCAACUACCUCUACAUCCGCCAUAGUAACCUUUAUAUCCUCGCGCUCACGAAGAGAAACACAAAUGCCACCGAGAUCCUGCUGUUCCUCCACAAGAUCGUGGAGGUCUUCACGGAAUACUUCAAGGAAUUGGAGGAGGAGAGUAUCAGAGAUAACUUCGUCAUUAUAUACGAACUGCUGGAUGAAAUGAUGGACUUUGGUUACCCUCAGACUACAGAGAGCAAGAUCCUGCAAGAGUACAUCACGCAGGAAUCGCACAAGCUUGAAGUCCAGGCACGGCCACCUAUUGCUGUUACAAACGCCGUAUCGUGGAGAAGCGAAGGAAUCAGAUAUCGCAAGAACGAGGUCUUCCUCGACGUGGUUGAGUCCUUGAACCUGCUCGUAUCAUCCAACGGCAACGUUCUGCGGUCGGAGAUUUUGGGCGCAAUCAAGAUGAAGUGCUACCUCAGUGGUAUGCCGGAACUUCGUCUUGGAUUGAAUGAUAAAGUCAUGUUCGAAACAACCGGUAGAGCCACCAGAGGCAAGGCCGUCGAGAUGGAGGAUGUCAAGUUCCACCAAUGUGUCAGACUUUCCAGAUUCGAAAAUGACCGAACGAUCAGCUUUAUUCCGCCGGAUGGAGAGUUCGAGCUGAUGAGCUACCGAUUAAACACCCAGGUUAAACCAUUGAUAUGGGUCGAAUGUCUAGUUGAAUCCCACUCUGGUUCUCGGAUCGAGUAUAUGCUAAAGGCAAAAGCCCAGUUCAAGCGUCGAAGCACGGCCAACAAUGUCGAAAUCUUAGUCCCUGUGCCCGAAGAUGCGGACUCCCCGCGUUUCCGGACGAAUAUUGGCUCCGUCCACUAUGCGCCGGAAAAGUCUGCUAUCAUUUGGAAGAUCAAGCAGUUCGGUGGAGGGAAAGAAUUCCUCAUGCGCGCCGAACUCGGCCUUCCGUCCGUCAAGGGUGAUGAUGAACAUGGAGGCGGCAUGACUGGUGGAUUUGGAGGUAGUAUGGGUGGCGUAGGACAGGGAAAGAGCAAACGCCCGAUCAACGUCAAGUUUGAGAUACCCUACUUCACCACGAGUGGUAUCCAAGUCCGAUACUUGAAGAUCAUUGAACCGAAGCUCCAAUAUCCCUCCCUUCCUUGGGUCCGAUACAUUACGCAGUCUGGAGACAUUGCCGUUCGAUUACCAGAUGUCCAAUGA